AUGAGUCGCUUGCCCCCACCCCACUACAACGAGGCCUCGUCCUCCCGUUACCCAACUGCCCCAACCUGGCCUGCUGAGCCUCCACUGGGUCAUUUUUCCUUGAAAAAACCUUUGUUGACAUCCUCAAAGCCUCCUGCACCAACACUUCGAGACGUUCUUGGGGCCUACAAGGCCAAUGGAGAUGGAGAUCGUGAGGUGUUGCUUGCCGUUUUAAAAGCGAAGACAUCGGAGGAUAACCGUCAAGCUGCGCUGGCAACAUUAUACGAUUCGAUGCUCCAACUCCACCGAGUACCGGUUCAUAAUCCAUACCCAACACCCGCCUACACACACUCACCACCAGAACCAUCCCAUCCAUAUCGCCACUACCGCAAUGUUUCUUCCCUCAGUCGCUCACCCCCACCAGUCCAUACCCGCCCGCCUAUUUCACAGGCACGCUCUAUCAGUCCUCGCGCUGAACACCGGCGGAAAAGAGCACGUAAUUCGCAUUCGCCAGGCUCUGAGGCGCCGGCAGAAUUACCUCCUUCUCCUUAUUCGUCUUCAGCCGAUUCACCGCGUUCCCGUGGUUCGAUGGCCAUUGGGUCGUUACUAACGGUCGAGCCGACAACAGACAGUAGUGGGGAAGAACGACCGCAACCUGAGAGAUAG